AAGGUUAAUUCACGGUUUAGAAAUGAUAUUAUUAGCAGAACCCAGUGGCACUGGAGGUGUGUUGGUUUCAUUGGUGGGAGUGGAAGCUCCAAUCCAAUGGCAAUUUUUGUCUGUCUGUAAUGCAUAGAGAAACAAUCAACUCUGUUCAUCAAUUUUCAGUGUUCCACUGCCAUCAAUGUCCACCACCAUUUCUUCCCUUCCCUUCUCCCUCUCUCUUCGCUCCAACUAUAGGGUUUCCCUUUUCAACCCACCCUCCUAUCCUGUUCCAUUCCAAUCAUCCGUCACCUUUCCUACAAAAAAAUGGAGGUUUUUAUGUUUUAGGCAUGAAAAUGUUUCAUCAGAAACUAAUGCUUCUGAGCUAAAAGAAGAUAAAUUGUCAGAAGAUUUGGUGAAGCUUAAAGGUGACCAGUCCAAAGACCUGAAAAAAGAUUGGCUUGCAAUUAUUCAUACGGUCAUAACUGUCAUUCAUGGUGUGGAACCCUGGACAGUGCCUUGGACAGCAAAGACCAUUGUUCAGGUUAUGCUCCUCUGGAUUGCCUCAUUUUGGUUUGUAGGAUCUUGGAUAGUGCCAUUUUUAGCAUACACAGCUGGGUUUAGAAAGGAAUCUCUUACAUACAGAGGGCAUGCAUUGUACAGCCUCUUGACUGAUGUUGCAGAAGGAGUGGUUGGCAUAGCAAUUCUUCGUCAUUGUCUAGCAAAGUUUCGACCUCUUCCAUCUGACUGGUUCAAAUUUGAACUUAAGGGGAAGUGGCAGUUUGAUGUUGGUUUAGGCUGCCUUAUGUUCCCGCUUAUCAAUCAGCUAUCACAAAUGAACCUAAAUUUGUUACCUGUUCUUCAAUAUACUCCGGUUACUGUCUCAAGUGUAGAGCAAUCAAUUGUAGCGCGAGACCCUGUGGCAAUGGCCCUCUAUGCGGUGGUAGUCUCAGUUUGUGCCCCAAUAUGGGAGGAGAUUGUCUUCCGUGGUUUCCUUCUCCCAUCUUUAACCAAGUACAUGCCUGUAUGGUGUGCAAUCUUAGUUAGCUCAAUGGCUUUUGCCUUAGCACAUUUUAACAUUCAGAGGAUGAUACCACUAGUAUUUCUUGGCAUGGUGAUGGGUACUGUUUUUGUACGAUCUAGGAACCUCUUGCCAUCAAUGUUGUUGCAUAGUUUGUGGAAUGUUUUUGUAUUUCUGGAUCUCAUGAAAUAAAAAAAAUAUAAAAAAAAAAAAAAGAGUUUAUGACUACUUUCUUAC